UAGUUUGGAACGAUAGGAUGAAAUUGCCAUGUAGCCAAUACGGUAUUAAAACUUGGAAUAUAUCAACAUUCAAGACAAACAGUCAAGCUUGUGCCUUUAUAAAUGCUGGCCUGGCAUUGCCAACAACGUUACUAAACCUGUUUGUGAUUGCUGCUAUCCUUGUCUCCAACUUGAAGAGAGAACCAUGCUAUAAACUGCUCUUAAACCUUGCCAUCACUGAUUUCCUUGCUGGAUUGGUCGUGAUGCCGAAUCUCUUCGUCGUUUUCAGUUAUGUUGCCCAACUAAAAGAUCCCUGCAACUUUGCUUUCAUCACUGUACCUUUGGGAUACAUACUUUCCUAUGCAUCGUUUCUUACAAUUGUGUUGAUCGCCCUUGAAAGGUACAUCAACAUUUUUCGCCCGUAUUCGCAAAGCACAACCAUUAACUCAAAGACGAUUAAAUUUUCUGUCUCUUGCAUAUGGUUGCUAUCUGUUAGCUUUGUCAUACUGCCAGUUAUCACUAAAGACUUUGCUGUUUUGCAUUGGUUAACUUUUUCUGUUGUGAUAUUGGGCACCCUCUUAAAUACAUACUGCUACCUCAGGAUACUAUUGCAAGCCAGGAAAGUCCGUCGCCAAAUAGAGUCAGUUGCUGCUCGGUUUGGUCAGCAACGAAUCGCAGCAAAGAACAGGAGCCUUGUGUUCAUUGGCGGCUUGAUAUUCAUUUCAAUAUCUACCUGCUACUCUCUCGUCGUUGCAAAUAGUUUCCGUAGAAUCCUUGAAGGAGAAAAGAUGGCACCGGAGUACGCUUUGUGUUGGGAAUGGACACUAGUAAUGAUCAAUUCCCUAAUCAACCCUGUUACAUCUUGCGUGUUUAACCCACCUUUGAGAAGAAGGAUUGUUAAUGUAGCUAAUCUUAGGUCACGCGGGCACGGUAGUGUUUUGCAGUAG